AUGGAAAAAAUUCCAAGACCAGUGCUUUCUGAUAUCCUCAGUCAAGUUGGUCCAAUUGAUCAAGUUAUUAAUUUAUCAUUCGUUUGCAAAUACUGAAAGGGAAUAAUUGCUAGCUGAAACCAUGAGCUAACUUUCCAAAAUAUUGCCUACGAUAAAGUAAAGUAUUGAUUGCGUCGAUCAUAUAUAAAAAGAGUGUUAACAAAUCAAUUUUUGAAGGCAAAAUGAAAAUUAGCUUCUCUUGACCUUAGAAGUGUGAAGAUAGAUGAGAGGACUUUAGUUAAUUUAAUCAUAGCUCAACCAAAUCUUAGAAAACUUAAUUUGACAAAUUCUCUUAUCAAUUUGAAAAAGCUUUUCUGCUUGCUUAAACGUAAAAAAUCUAAAUACUAUAAAACCCAUCAAAUAGAAAUUUAUAUCAAGCUUGAAGAACUAAUUUGAAUAAACUUAAAUGGCAGCUGUGUGAACCUUUAUAAAGUAUUAAACUGUUUCCCGGGUCUAAAGAAAUUAAAUAUUGCAAACUCCAACUUAUCAUUACCAUUUUUCCAUUUAAUAAUUGAAAACUUUAGAAAUCUAAGGUUUCUAGAAGCUUCACCUGAUAAUCUAGUGAUCAAUAAAUACAGUUUAGAAAAAACCAAAAUUUACUUAGAACGCUCUAGCUUAAAAUUUUGGCUGACAAAUACUCUUGAAGGUUGAUCUCAAUCGUAUAAAUAAAAUGGCGUGAUUAAUCAGCGCUUUUUCUUCUAAUCCUAGCAGAUGGCUUAAAAGCACUGGGGACCUUCAGAAAGAUAAAAUGUCCUUGAUAAUGUUAUCUGGCCAGAUUUUGGCUAAUGUGGGUCAACCCAGGGCACAUCCAGAUUAGUCCUUUUCUUCUCAUAGAGGCAGAAAGAGCCUAGCAAUACCUAAAGCAGCCAUAAACCAAUCGGACUAUUCUCUUGCGCAAUACUAUGCUUUGCAUCCUGGGUUAUGAUUUACACCAAUGACAAGAAAAUUCGAUUUUUCUAAUUUCUUGAAACUAAUCCAAGUUGACGCCAAGAAUGAUGGCUAAUUCCGCCAGAUGAGUUAACUUCUGAAUCAGCAUCAGAGGGCCUAAAAUGAAGUAAAGAUAAAUACCCUUCAAGAUUUACAGGGAGCUUUUCGAUAAUCUAAUUAAGUUAAGUUAAAGGCUGAUCUCAUAAUCCAUUUUCAGGCAAUAAAAUAUCCAUCUAUAAUUAUGAUGCUUUCUCUGUAGGACAAAUUGAUUUGGAAACAGUGCAAAAUUGAUUAAAACUUGGAGGAGACAUAAAUUCAUGCUAUAAACUCAUUUAUAAGCUGAUAGAAUAUUACGAUGAUGAUUUUCUUAUUGAAAUCUUCCAAAUAUUUAUAAACAAUGGACUGGAUAAAUGAUACCAUAAAUGCUUUGAUAAUUGCAAUUUUUUUUAUUAUGCAGCAAUAAGCAAAAAAUCAAAGUUUUUCUGGUAUCUUAUGGAUAACAAUUUUAAUUUAGCUUGCUGCAAAAAAUGUAAUAUCUUUAGGUUCCCAGAAAUUAUUGAAGAACUUUUAAUUUACCCUACCAAAAAUAUACCCAAUCUUCCGGAUGAAAAAUUAUAUGAAGCUGCACAAUAUUUUAUGAUAAAUAAUAAAGAAAACAAUUUAUUAACUCUAAUUGAACUUAUGAGUUACAAGAGCGCUGGCUCGAAGGAGGAAAAUUUAAUUCAAAGAUUAAAGCAACAUUCCCUAAAGCGGAGCCUAUUUUUAGUGCCGAAUUAUUGAACAUAUAUUUUUGAACUUUUCAAAGUAUCAGAAAUUGAGCCACUCAUAUCUCUCGCAGCUAUGCAUGAAAAUAAAAAUUUAAUAAAACGGCUAAUCCAGGCUGGGUUCAAUAUUAAUGCUAGAGAUAGUGCUGGAAACAUUGCCCUUUACUAUGCUGCUAAGCAUGGGAAAUUUGAUAUUGCGGAAUAUUUAUUAAAAAAAGGUGCAGACAUAAAUUAUGACUUAUCAACUAGUGAGCUUUAUGGUUCUCAACUAAAAUUAACUAUUGAUGGAGGAAAAGUGGAGUCUAUUUAUUAUCUAAUUAACUCAAUAUCUGAUCUAUAA